AUGGGAGUUCCCGCAUUCUUCCGUUGGCUAACAAAAAAAUAUCCGGCGACGGUGGUGAACGCUAACGAGGAUCGUCGUCGUCUCGAUGACGGAACUCGUGCUCCAGUGGAUUGCACCCAACCGAAUCCCAACUUUCAAGAGUUUGACAAUCUCUAUCUGGACAUGAACGGUAUUAUUCAUCCGUGCACGCAUCCGGAAGAUCGUCCGCCGCCCAAGAACGAGGACGAAAUGUUCGCGCUCAUUUUCGAGUACAUCGAUCGCAUUUUCUCGAUCGUUCGUCCGAGAAGAGUAAGUUGUGUCGAAUUUUUCCAGAUAAUUGCAGAAAAAAACUUUUGUAGCUUCUGUACAUGGCAAUCGACGGAGUUGCGCCGCGCGCGAAGAUGAAUCAGCAGCGGAGUCGUCGUUUCCGAGCGAGUAAGGAGGCGGCAGAGAAGGAAGCCAGCAUCGAAGAGCAGAGAAGACGGCUCAUCGCCGAGGGCAUCGCGGCGCCGCCGAAAAGGCCGAGGAGGCGCAUUUCGACAGCAAUUGCAUCACUCCCGGCACACCGUUCAUGGCCAGACUCGCCGAUGCGCUCCGAUAUUACAUCCAUGAUCGGGUCACCAACGAUCCCGCCUGGGCCAAUAUUGAGGUGUGUAGGCUGCACGGAAAUUGAGAGGAUUUUUUCAGAUUUUUUUGAAAUUACUUGCUAGUUAGCGAUGUGAAAAAUGAAAAGAAUCGCAACGCGGACACGUUUUUUGCAUUUUUGACAUCGCUGAAUAACGUCUUUAGAAUUUAAAACUUUGAACUAGGCUGGUCGAACAGGCGAUUUAGGCACCUGUUUUUUCAAGCGCCUGUUCGACCAGCCUACUUUGAACUAAUAGAGUAAAUUUCGGCUAAAAACGUUCAAUAUUCCAGAUCAUUCUCUCGGACGCGAACGUGCCGGGCGAGGGCGAGCACAAGAUCAUGGACUACGUGCGCAAGCAACGUGGCAAUCCAGCGCACGAUCCGAAUACUGUGCACUGUCUGUGCGGCGCCGACGCCGACCUGAUCAUGCUCGGAAUCGCGACGCACGAGGCCAACUUCAACAUCAUUCGCGAGGAGUUCGUUCCCAAUCAACCACGCGCAUGUGAUCUAUGCGGACAGUACGGACACGAGCUGAAAGAGUGUCGGGGCGCCGAGAACGAGACGGACCUGGGCGACGACUACUGCAAACCGGAGCAGCGCGAGAAGAACUUCAUCUUCCUGCGCAUCCCCGUGCUCCGCGAGUACCUCGAAAAAGAGUUGUACAUGCCGAACCUUCCCUUCGAGUUCAACGUGGAACGCGCGCUCGACGACUGGGUCUUCCUCUGUUUUUUCGUCGGAAACGACUUCCUGCCACAUCUUCCGUCGCUCGAAAUCCGCGAAGGCGCAAUCGAUCGGCUCAUCAAGCUCUACAAAGACAUGGUCUACCAGAUGCGCGGCUACCUGACCAAAGACGGAAUUCCCGCAAUGGACAGGGUCGAGAUGAUCAUGAGUGGGCUCGGCAAAGUCGAGGACGAGAUCUUCAAACGCCGACAGCAGCAAGAGGAACGGUUUAGGGAGAACGAGAAGGCGAAGAAGGCGCGGUUCGGGAAUGAUCGAGGACGAGGGCGUGGUCGUGGUCGUGGACGCGCACAGCAUCCGGCCUACGUCCCGACGCAAGGGAUUCUGGCGCCAAUGUCGGCGCCGAUGCAUCAUUCGGGCGAGUCCACUCGUCAUAUGGCGUCGGACGCGCGGCAACAGGCGAUGCGGUACACGGACGACGCGAACGCACAGGCGGCCGCCAACCUGAAGGCGUUGCUGAACGUCAAGGGCGAGGAGUCGCCGGCGGAGGCGAACUCGCGGAAGCGGAAGGCUGACGCGCCACUGAUCAUUCCGGACAACGAGCAGGAGGAGGAGGAGCCGGCGGACAACAUUCGGCUCUACGAAUCUGGCUGGAAGGACCGCUACUAUCGCGCCAAGUUCGACGUGGGCAGCGAUGACGUUGAGUUCCGACAUCGGGUUGCGUGCGCGUACGUGGAGGGUCUCUGCUGGGUGCUCCGCUACUAUUAUCAGGGGUGCGCCAGCUGGGACUGGUAUUUCCCGUACCACUACGCGCCGUUCGCCAGCGAUUUUGAAACGGUCGCCGAGUUCUCCCCGGAUUUUUCGCGCAAAACGAAGCCGUUCAACCCGUUGGAGCAGUUGAUGAGCGUGUUUCCGGCCGCCUCGAAGCAGCACCUGCCCGUCGAAUGGCAGAAAUUGAUGAUUUCGGACGAGUCGCCGAUCAUCGAUCUGUAUCCGGCCGACUUCCGCAUCGACUUGAACGGCAAGAAGUUCGCGUGGCAAGGCGUUGCCCUUUUGCCGUUCGUCGACGAGCAACGUCUCCUGAAGACCCUGGAAUCCGUGUAUCCGACGUUGACGGAUGAGGAGAAGGAGCGCAACACGCGCGGCCCGAACCGAAUUUUUAUCGGCCGCAAUCACAAAUCGUUUGAGUUCUUCCAACAAAUCGCGCAAUCGGGCGAGGGCGCCGAGAUGGUCGACCUGGAUCCGUCGCUUCUGAACGGAGUCAGUGGAAAGAUCGCCGCCGAUUCUACGGCCGUCGCACCAGGACAGCCCUUCGUUUCACCCGUCAAUCACGAGGAGUGCCCCGAUUUGGCUGUAAGGAAAUUUAGAAGUUCCAGCUCAAAAUUUGAAAAUAAGGGCUCAAAAACAGUUGGGGAAGUAUGCAUUUUUGGAAAAUCCACAUUUAGAGCUAUCGUACAUUUUUCAAGAAUUUUCAGAAACAACUAGACUGUUUUUGCGAGAAUCCUAGAAACAUUUUUGAAAAAAUCUCAUCCUUCCUCCAAUUCCAGACAAAUUGCGGCAUUUGCGUGCUGUACGAGGACCCCGAGUACCCGGACGGCUACAUUUUCCCGGCGGUCCGUCUGGCGGGCGCUAAGGAGCAGGAGAAGACGUUGCGGCCGGAAGACUGGAAUACCGAGAGAGACGGCCGUUCCGCCCGCAGAUCGGCUUCAAUCGGAACGCGCCGCGUGGCGGACUGGAUCAGUCUGGACACCGACAAGUGCAAUAUCACGUUCGCGGAGCACAGAACGAUCGGAUGGGCGGCGGCGACAACUGGGGAACCAACAGUUAUCGCGGCGGCGGAGGAUACCAUCGGAGUGGCGGAUACGAGGAUAGAAAUGGCGGCGGAGGGGGAGGAUACGAUAGAAGACCCGAUUUUGGAAGGAAUUAUGGCGGAAGAGAAGGUGAAACACACAAUUUCUUCACAAUUUCUCUGCGGUUUCCCGAAUUUUUGCAGCACUUUUACAAUUCUCGAUAACAUUUUUUUUGCAGGCGGCGGCCCCCAACGAUACCACGAUCAGCGUCCUGGCGGCGGCAACAACAACUAUCAGCACCAUCAACAGGCGCCACGUCAUCAUCAACAACAGGAUCAGUACAGAGGCGGCGGAUAUCCACGUGGCGGCGGCGGUCCGCCCGGAUAUUCCCGACCACCGUACCAGGGAGGAAGAGGUCGCGGAGGAGGAUACCAAGGAAACGCCUCGUGGAGAUGA